UUUGCGUCUGUUGGCAAGGCACUUUACGGCUGUCGUGCUGUUCGUGUCAGUCAACAUGGAGAGAGAGGAAUCGGAGAAGGCCGCAACGGAGCAAGAGCCGCUGGAAGGGACAGACCAGGAUCUAGACGCGGAGGAGGAGCAGGAGGAAUCCGAAGAAGCGGCCUGUGGCAGCAAGAAGCGGGUAGUGCCAGGUAUUGUGUAUCUGGGCCAUAUCCCGCCGCGCUUCCGGCCCCUGCACGUCCGCAACCUUCUCAGUGCCUACGGCGAGGUGGGACGCGUUUUCUUUCAGGCUGAGGACAGGUUCGUGAGACGCAAAAAGAAGGCAGCAGCAGCCGCGGGAGGAAAAAAGCGGUCCUACAGCAAGGACUACACCGAGGGAUGGGUGGAGUUCCGCGACAAGCGCGUAGCCAAGCGCGUGGCGGCCAGUCUACACAACACGCCUAUGGGUGCCCGCAGGCGCAGCCCCUUCCGUUAUGACCUGUGGAACCUCAAGUACUUGCACCGUUUCACCUGGUCCCACCUCAGCGAGCACCUUGCCUUUGAGCGCCAGGUGCGCAGGCAGCGCCUGAGAGUGGAGGUUGCUCAGGCCAAGCGUGAGACCGACUUUUAUCUUCAAAGUGUGGAACGGGGACAACGCUUUCUUGCUGCUGAUGCGGACCCUGCUCGCCCAGAUGGCUCCUGGACAUUUGCCCAGCGUCCUACUGAGCAGGAACUGAGAGCCCGGAAAUCAGCACGGCCAGGGGGGCGUGAACGGGCUCGCCUGGCAACUGUCCAAGACAAGGCCCGCUCCAACAAAGGGCUUCUGGCCAGGAUCUUUGGAGCCCCGCCACCCUCAGAGAGCAUGGAGGGAACUUCCCUGGUCGGCGACUCAUGAGGGCCGGGAAGGCCCCUUCCAUCUCCUGGCCCUGCUCUGCUUCCUGUCCACCUCAUACUAGAAGGAUUGUGACUACCCAGGCAGACAUUUUAUUGUGUUUUUCAGACCAAAUGUCUCUGGUCAGGGCCCAAACGUGGAAGUUUUGUGGGCUCCUACUGUUCCCUCUUCGAACUCCUGUACAUGCCUGGCUGAGUCACCUAAUUCAUACUGUCAUACUAACAUGAUUAUGACUACUGCAUAUGCUUGUUUUGUUUGACUCUUAACUGCCUGCCUCUUAAAAAUCCCACUUCCUGCCUCCAGGAAGGGCCUUUAUUUCCAACAAGGGGGAUAAUGCCUAGUCCAGGCAAUCUUUUUCUGUUUAGUAGUCACAGGUGAGGGUGGUAUUAGCAUCUUUUUCAUGUAGAAAAGAUGACAGUUAAUGGGGUUGACUGGGUUGGGAAGAAAUACAGUUCUUCCAAAUGUAUUUGUAGAAAAUAAAAAUAUUUUUAUAUGCCUUUUUAUUUUUAUUAGGGGGCAUUGGACAAAUUUCAACUUUGAUUUUGUGUUCCCUUCACCUUCAUUCCAUCUCUUGAUCUUAGAGCACCCCCACCCCCACCAUCCACCUUGCCAUUUAAUCUGGGUUUUCUUUUUCUGUUUAAUUUCUGUCUACUUAAUAUCUUAGCCCACUUUAUCAGUCAGUUAAGUCAGCAUUUUAUAAGCCAUUGUUUGAGGAGGAAACAGUGACAAUAGAUAAUAGCACAUGGCCCUUGGCAUUAAGAGUCUUCAGGCCACUAGUAGAAGAUAGGCAUCGUGGUAGAUGGAGUGGGGGCCACGGCAGGUCAUAGAGUGCUCUCAGUGGGAACCUGAUUGAUGAUCACAGUCUUCAGAGGUGAGUCAGUCCUCGCCAACUUUUCUAGGUCAUUCCUAGAAAGUAAACCGGAAAAUGAUAAAGCAGAAGUCUCAAAGAGUAUGAUGUGCUCCCACAAUUGCAAACAAUGCUUCCUGGGUGGAGUGUUGGGUUGGAACCACUGAAAAGGUGGGCAAAGCUUAGUAGAGAACCAGUGCACCUCAGGUUAUAUAUUGUGGGACUGCGGCAAGGGAGGGUUCACAAAUAGGCAAAGCAACCCUGUAGGCUUCAAAGGAUCAGUGUAAGCCACUACAAGGAACUGAAAACCUAGGUUUUAAUCAGUCUACACAGUCUCAUGUAGACCAAAAUGCUGAUCAUUUUCGAGGCUGUUUCAGAAAGUGUCAGUAUGAUUAUAAUUAUUUGUAUUUUCCUUGUGCUGUUUUUGUUUUUCUUCUGUCAGUGUGAUGAUCUGUGUGUUUUAUGGGGUACAGUGAAUUUGUCUACUUUGCCUGUAAAAUAUACUAGCCACAUUGUGGAUAGGUGCACUUUAUUUGGAAGAAUGAAAAGAAUCAUACAGUAAA